GAUGAUUGUGAGUGGAAGUGGUGAGUUUUGAUUACUUGACGGUGAUACGUGUCAGUAUUUGUGCGAAUUAAUGAAUUAACUCUAUUUGCUUUACGAACUCUUUUGAAUAACUGCUUGCAUAUAUUUGUAACUAUGCCGUACUGCUCAACAUGGGAAGAAUUUGCAAAAGCAGCAGAAAGAUUAUAUAUAACGGACCCUAUGAAAGUAAGGUUCGUUUCACUAUGAAGUAUCGACACUGUGAUGGCAAAUUAAUCAUAAAAAUUACAGACAAUCACACGUGCUUGAUGUAUCUGACUGAACAUACUCAAGAUGUGAAAAAGAUAGAAAAAUUAACAAGUCAAUUGAUGAGGCAUAUGGCUUCUAAAGAAAAAUAAUUCUGAUGCUCAGAAUCAAUGUAUUAAGAACUUUAUUCUUUUGUGCAGAAAUUUGUACAUAUUUUUUUUUUCAAAAUGAUUUGUAAUAAAAUUUGUUAAACCAAUUUAUACUUA